UUUCAUUGAACUUCAAAUCAAAAUGAAGCUUCAUCUUGCCCUUUUCUCUUUGGUCCUCUCUGCAGUUACUGUGGUUGCAAUGCCCAAAGACAUUGCCGAAACCCUCGCCCUCCGCGACGCUGUCGAUGAGGUCGAUGACUUGGCGCCUGUGACUGAUGGACUUGAUCAGAGCAAAGUCGAGGACGACACCGAUGACUUCGAACUCUCCAAGAAGAAGAAGAAGAAGAAGAAGAAGAACCCCUGCAAGAGAGGCUGCUACACGAGCUGGGACUGCUGCCACAAUGAUAUGUGCUACCUUGGGAUUUGCAUGGGACCGCAGAAGCCUCCCCGUGUUUGAAGUGGGGGUUAAUUGAUAUGUGC